UGUCGAGGCUCCAAUGGAUUGCGGACAUCCGCGGUGUUUUUCCGCCUGAACAGUGUGGGUUCCGCACGCAUCGCUCCACGGCCGACUGCCUUGCCGCCGUUGUGGGCACGCUGGAGCAGGCGAGUCGCGACGGCCACGCCGCGUUCCUGCUGCUCUUGGACGUCCAGAGCGCGUUCGACUCCCUGCCCCACGACACCAUCAUCUCGGCUGUGCGCGCUCUUGGUGUAGAGGGCAGGCUUCUGGCGUACGUGCGGGCCUUCCUAACCGACAGGUCGUCCGUUGUUCGGGUUGGGCGGGCGACCAGCUCGCCCCGUUCAGUGACGUGCGGUGUGCCUCAGGGGAGUGUGUUGAGCCCCUUUCUGUUCAACCUCGCACUCGCGCCCAUCAGCGAGUGCGUGCUCAGCAGUGGGCACCUCCCUGUGCGUGCCGUUGUCUACGCGGACGACGUGGCGCUCUUCGUCCGUGGCCCGCCGGCGGCGAUGGCGCGGAUGCGUGUGCAGCUGCAGGCGGCGGCGGAUGCGGUCGGCGACUUCCUGCGGGCCAUCGGCCUGCGCUUGUCGGCGGCAAAGUCGGAGGCCAUCAUGGUCCAUCCGCGCGCUGCUGCCCGGCGCCACACUGGCUGCGUGGUCGUCGACGGUGUCCCCCUUCCCUGGCGGCUGACGGUGCGCUACCUCGGGCUCACCAUUGACCAUCGCCUGACAUGGUUCCCUGCCGUGAAGCGGCUUCGCGCUGCCAUGCGGAAAGUUGAGGGCGCGGUGCGGGCGCUCCUCGCGCGUGGUGACGGCUGCCCCCCCCUCGUUCGCGGUUGGCUGUACGGUGCAGUGGCGCUGUCCAGGGUCCUGUACGCGCUCCCACUGUGCAACCUGCGACCGCAUCUGUGGCGACGCAUCGACGCCGACCACCGACGAGUGCUUCGCAUGUGCCACGGCCUGCCCAGUGCUUCUCGUGUCGCAGAAACGCUCGCGGAAACCGGCGCCUGGCCCGUCUCCCUCACUGCCGAUCUGCGCGCCCUUGGCCACUUGGAGCGCCUCUCCCGUGCCCCCGGUGCCGGCCCCAUGCUGUCAUACCUGCGCGAGCUGCCCAAGUCGCGUGUGGGGGAGCUCCUCGAGCUCUUCGACAGCCUGGUGGUCGACGCCCCGGCCUCCCCUGCAGCCUGGCCGCCACCAAACCAGCGUGUGCCGUUGCGCGUGUGCCUCGACCUGCCGGGCGUCCGCUCCAAGCACCGCACGCCUCGUUGCGCUGUGGUGCAGGAGGCUGCUGCUCGAAUACACGAUGACCUGGUGGGGAGGGCACACCUGUACACUGACGGUUCUGUCCGCCAGGACGGUUCCGCGGCCGCCGCCUGCGUUGUGCCGCACCUCGAUGUCGCGAGACAGUGCCGCCUGUCCUACCGAGCUUCCUCCACCACAGCGGAGCUUGUGGGUCUCCAUCUGGCGGCCGACAUCCUCGAAGAGUCGCCGUUCCUGAACCGAGUGGCGAUUCUUUGCGACUCGAGGUCCGCUUUGCGCCAGCUGCUGCUCGACGAGCGUGCGCCGCCACUGGCACAGCGCGUUGCCUGCAGGCUGCAUGCUCUACAGCGACAGGGGUGCGACCUGUGCCUCCAGUGGAUACCGUCGCACGUCGGUGUCGCCGGGAACGAGGCAGCUGAUGACCUGGCAAGGCGCGCCCACGAUCCCCUAUCCCCGCUGUCGACGCGAGUCAACUCGUUUGACGAGGCGCGGCUUCAUUUCAAACGAGAGCUCGCGCUGCGCCACCCCGACAGCCGCGUCGCGCGCGGUCGCCCGCCACGCCUGCUUCCGGAAUCCGGCUUCACGAGGAGAGAGCGAGCCUUCCUCCUCGCACUCCGGACCGGUUCCGUCUGGCCCGCCGAGCGCAAGCACCGCCUCCGCGGAGCCGCCUCGCCCCUCUGCCAGGACUGCGGUGCUGUCGAGACGCUGCAACAUCUGAUGUGUGAGUGUAGUGCUUCGUCGACGGCGCGCGCUACUCUUGCCCGCGUUUACCGCGCGCAGAACCUCCCCUGCUUGACGGUGGAGGACGUCUUGCACCCCUCGGGCUGCACAUCGAGCCACGGCAAACUCUUCCGCGCUAUGUUGAACUUUGCCGACGACGUGGGUUUGGUCGACCGCCUGUAG